UAUGGAAUCGGUCUUCAACAACCUAAUAGAAGAUUGCUUUUUAAGAGACCAUAUUGAAGAAGAGAUUUAUCUUCUGUCUGAAAAUAUGCAAAGUACUUGCGAUGAUUUUGUAAACAUUUUACCUUCAAUAAUAAAUCAUGAGAUAUUUUCAUUUUUAAGUGCCAAAGAUUUAUCAAAUUGUUCAUUGACUGCAAAAUCAUGGAGAGAAAUAGCUAAUUCAAAUGCUCUAUGGAGGUAUCAUUGUAAAAUUAGAGGUUGGUUAAAAUUUGGUGAGCAACAGGAAUUAUUACCAGUUGAAAAUGAUGUUGAAGGAAGUAAUUCGAAUAAAAUAAGUCAUCCAAAAUUUCAAGUACCAUUUUAUAGUGACACAAUAUCAAAAAUAUGUUAUUGGAAAAUAAUAUUUCUAAAGGUACAUCAUUUAAAUGAAAACUGGAAAAAUGGAAGAUAUACACCUUAUCCAAUAUAUACAGCUCAUUCUGAUAAAGUUUUAUGUAUUGAUUGUAAAGAUAAUUUAUUAGCAAGUGGUGGUUUAGAUAGAAUAAUUAAAUUAUGGAAUUUAAGAUCAAAACAAUGCGAAACAACUAUUCAUACUAAUUCAGAAAUAUAUUCAUUAUUAUUCCAUAACAAUCAACUAAUAGCUGGAUGCGAUAAUGGCAAUAUUUUACUUAUUUGCUACAAAACUGGUAAAAUAUUAUCAACGUUAAUGGGACAUAGGGGCUCAGUUAUUAAAUUGAUAUAUGCUGUCUAUCUAAUAACUGCCUGUUUAGAUCAUUCAAUAAGACUUUGGGAUUUAGAAGGAAAAAAAUGUAUUCAUUGCUUUUCCAAUCACCAAGAUGAUAUAACAGAUAUUGCAAAAUUUGGAUUUAAUCUAGUAUCAUCAUCUUUUGAUGGAUCUCUUUGUAUAUACGAUCUAAAGAAUCCCAAAUUAAAUCAUCAACUUAUCGGUCAUAAAGAUAUUGUUUCUUGUAUAUGCUGUGACAACGAAUUGGUAGUGUCCGGUGGAUCUGAUGGAGAAUUAUUUGUUUGGUCUAUUUCAACUGGAAAUCUCUUUCGAAAGUUAAUUGGUCAUUUUGGUGAUAUUCAUGCCGUUACAAUGAAUGAUGAAUUAAUAGCAUCGGCUUCCGAAGAUACUACUAUUAGAUUGUGGUAUAUUGACGAACAUUUCUAUUCUUGUAAAAUAUUGAAGGGUCAUCAUUUAGGAAUUGUUUCUAUACUUAAUCUAAGUAAUAACAUUCUUAUCAGCGCUGGCCAUGGAAAGAAAAUUGUUGUUUGGGAAUGGAGAACAGAACGUUGUCUACAUGUUGUUCACAGACAGCCUAUACAAUUACAUUGUAUGUGCGUUUCCGAUACACGCAUUAUUACUGCGUCUCCAAGUAGUCCCGGUAGUUUAGCUAUAAUAGAUUAUUGGAAAUGAUAACUUACUUGAAUAGCUUUAUGAAUUUUACAAAAUUCAAUUUUUCAAUACAUAUGUAUGUGUUUAAACUUUUUGAUGAUUACCCAUUCAAUUAUGAAUUGAAUAAAUAUUAAUUAUAAAGCGAUAGGAGAUGAAUUACGCAAUAUCGUUCGUUUGUACUACAUACAUGAAACAGUUUAAAAUAGAUUAUUAUUUAAAUUUACAAUAUUAAAAUUGAUAUUUAUGCAUAAACUUAUUAAUAUUUUUAAGGAAAUUUUGUCUUUUAAAGUGCGAAAAGUAGGCUAUCAAAGGUGUAUAAUGUUAGUAGAUCCAUAGGGUAAAUAUAAAAAUUACUAAGCAAUCACUAGAUAUAUAAAUAUCAUAGUGGAGAGAAGAAAAAUAUCUCAUACAAAUAUUUUCCGGUUUAUGAAUAAAGAAAAUGUUGAUUUUAUUAAUUUGUUUUUAUUAAUUUUC